UGAGUGUGCACCAUGUGAGUGUGCACCAUGUGAGUGUGCACCCUGUGGGUGUGCACCCUGUGAGAUGCUGCUGGAUGUGCCAGCCCAUGGUGCUGAGCUUGCUCUUCCAGCUGCAGGCUCCCCUGUGCCCAGCAUGCAGCGCUGGGCAUGGACUGGGGAAGCCCUGCUGAAGCUGCAUAGGGCUUGCAGAGCUCUGCUGCCACCACUCCUCAGCCUCUUGCAUGCAUUGCUGGCUGUUCCUGUGUGCCCCAGCCUUCCCUGUCGUCCGCAGGCCACCACAAGAUCGAGUUCAUCCCAGGCAUGGUGGGCCCCAUCCUGGAGAUGACCCUUGUGCCGGAGCUGGAGCUGCGCAAGUCCACCAUCCCCAUCUUCUUUGACAUGAUGCUCUGCGAGUACCAGCUGACCGCCAGCUUCAGCCGGUUUGAGGAUGAGAUCCUGCGCAAGCUAGACAGCGAGGUGGAGGGCGGCCGGGGCGACGAGCAGUACAAGCAGCUUUUUGAAAGCAUUCUGCUCAGCUGCUGCCGCGCGCACCCCGAGCUGUCCCAGCCUGGGGAGAGCUUCGUGGCGUUGGUGACGGGGCUGCUGGAGCGGCUCCUCGACUACCGGGCGGUGAUGAACGAUGAGAACAAAACUUACAGCAUGAGCUGCACCGUCAACCUCCUGAACUUCUACAAGGAGAUCGACCGCCAGGCCAUGUACAUCAGGUACCUGUACAAGCUGAAGGACCUGCACAUCAGCUAUGAGAACUACACAGAGGGUGCCUACACGCUGCUGCUGCACGCACGGCUCCUCAAGUGGUCCGACGAGGCAAACACAGCACCCAUGCAGGGCCUGCACAGCCCCAGCCUGCACACCCAGCGCCAGCUGAAGGAGGCUCUGUACAACCAGAUCAUCAACUACUUUGAUCAAGGCAAGAUGUGGGAGGAGGCCAUCCAUAUCUGCAAGGAGCUGGCAGAGCAGUACGAGAGUGAGAUCUUUGACUAUGAGAUGCUGAGCGAGAUCCUGCAGAGAGAAGCCAAAUUCUAUGAGAAGAUCCUGAAGGUGCUGCGUCCCAGCCCAGACUACUUUGCUGUCGGCUACUAUGGGCAAGGCUUCCCCACCUUCCUGCGGAACAAAGUCUUCAUCUACCGCGGCAAAGAGUACGAGCGCCGGGAGGACUUCGAGAUGCGGCUGCUCAGCCCCUUCCCCAACGCCGAGAAGCUGCAGACUACGUCCCCGCCCGGCCCCGACAUCACGGAGUCCCCGGGGCAGUACAUACAGUGCUUCACUGUGCAGCCGGUGGAGGAGUCCAGGAUCCGGCUCAGGGACCGCAGCAUCCCGGAGCAGAUCACCAAUUUCUACAAAGCCAAUCACGUCCAGAAGUUCAGCUACUCACGGCCCUUCAAGAAAGGCCCGAAGGAUCCAGACAAUGAAUUUGCAAACAUGUGGAUCGAGAGGACCACCUUCGUGACAGCCUACCCACUGCCCGGCAUCCUGCGCUGGUUUGCAGUGACCUCCACCACCACGACCACCAUCUCCCCCCUGGAGAACGCCAUAGAGACCAUGAUGAAAACAAAUGAGAAGAUUCUGAGUGAGAUCAACCGGCACCAGAACGACCCCGGCCUGCCCAUCAACCCGCUCUCCAUGCUGCUCAACGGCAUCGUGGACCCCGCCGUCAUGGGCGGCUUCGCCAAGUACGAGACGGCUUUCUUCCAGGAGCUGUACCUGGAGGAGCACCCCGAGGACCGGGGCAACAUUGAGAGGCUGAAGGACCUGAUUGCCUGGCAGAUCCCACUGCUGUCAGAGGGAAUCCGGAUCCACGGACAGAAGGUGACGGAGGAUCUGCGGCCCUUCCAUGAGCGCAUGGAGCAGUGCUUCGUGCAGCUGCGGGCCAAGGUGGAGAGCCAGUAUGGGGUGCGUGAGAUGAUCUCCUUCGAGGACCGGCGGAGCGGACGACCCCGGUCUGUGACCUGGGCACCAGACUGGGAGCGGCUGAGCCACUCCAGAGACAGCAUGGAGGCAUCCCCGAUCCCGAAGCCCACCCCACGGAGCACCGAGGACGAGCGCAGGGAGAACCGCUCCAGCACGUUCUUCUCCUACCGCCGGCCGGAGCCGCGCCAGUCCGCCUCGGAGCUGCCGGAGCCAAAGGACGACAGGCGGAGACGCUCCUGCAGCGUGAGUGAGAGCGGCCCGGGCAGCCCCGAUGGGAAGCAGCCGCCCCAGAGCCGCGACUCGGCGGGCUCUCAGCCGGGCCCCGCAGUGCUGUCCCCCACCGGGUUCUGCGGCCGCGUGAAGAGCGCCAGCAAAGCCCCACCGCUGCCGCGCAGGAUCAGCCCCGCGGUGUACGAGACCUUCCUGGAGGGGAGCGAUGCUGCCAACGGGCGAAAGGCGCUGCCGUCGCUCGCAGAUGGGAGCAAAGGGCUGAAGUCGCCUCCGCCUCCGCCCCCGAAGUCUAAACGGCUGUCCCAGCUCUGAACCCAGGACGGGAACGGCGGGCAGCAGCUCGAGCGGCUCCCGGACAACCCCCCAACCUUCCUCCCCGCAGCUCUUCCACAGCCGCGGACUCCCGAGCGCUCCGGAGCACCGUCGUUCCGCGAGCGUCGGCCGUCACCGC